AUGGUGGAACCCACUUGGCUUUCCCCGUAUGAGGGCCCUGUUCAGAAAUCAAAUCUUGCUGGAAGUGUAAUGGAUGGUAUAUCGGAGGACAAGAUCUUAAUGAACUAUAAAGUGUACAAGUCCAGAUGGGUGAUGCUGGCUUUCUUUGUGCUUUACUCUGCGUCUAACUCGCUGCAGUGGACGCAGUACACCAUUAUACAAGACAUAGUGGUGAAAUACUAUGGAGUGCCGAGCAUGGUGGUGUCGUGGACUUCCAUGGUGUACAUGAUCACGUACGUGCCGCUGAUAUUUCCCGCCAGCUGGCUGUUGGAUAAAAUAGUGAGUGGAAUCGAUUCCAAAAUAAAGUUUUAA